AUGCACCCUCAAACUUUCUUCCAGAUUAUUGCCUCUGCGGCCCUUGCCAUCAAUGGCGUGACUGCCGACCUCCACGAUCGAGAUGUCUAUCUCCGCCACAUCGCCCCUGAGCAACUCACACGACUUCAGAAGUACCACACUGAGAAUCUUCGCUCCCUCAACGCCGACCAAACGGCUGUACUUGAGCGAGUCAAGCGUCUCGUAAGUGACUAUGCGGUGCACGACAUUCACGAAGCCCGCGCGGCCUGUCAGGCUUCCUUUGGUCCUGCCGAGUGCAAGAGGAUCCUGAACGGCGGAGAUGGCGAGAGCAAGCCGGCUCGAAGAGCUGCCCUAGUUGGCAGAGCACCUACUUGCGAGUGCGCGGAUCAGGAUCCGUACUGUGACGGUGCCCAAAUCUGCAAGUAUAAGUUGUCGAAUUGUAACUUCACAAACAAGGGCUGCGGCUUUGCUGGACUUUAUGUCUGCAAUGGUCUCUGCGAGUGA